AUCUCCGCGGCAGAACCUUGGUUUCAAGUGUUAAAGCGUCCAAGAGAAGCCAUCUGCAAAAUUGGCUCUAAAUCCAAAUUUCCCUCCACUUCCUCUGCGCCACCAAUUCAAAAUACUCGAUUUCCACAACCCUCUCUGGUUCCAUCUUCCUUCGCCCUCAGUUCGAUUUAGUCUUCGCAGAUUGUUGCUCCGUUCUCAUGCCCCCCGUCAACGCCGCCGUCCACCGCCGCCACCAGUCCUCUGCAUCCCAGUUACCUCAAUUCCACACACCUACUAAUGCUGGCGAUGACGACGAUCUUCUUCCUUCCACCCAGACAGUUCUCUCAUCGCGAUCUUCAACCUCUCAUAAACCCUUAGCGACCUCCGACUUAUCGCUCCACAUUCGCGCUUCCAAGAGGCCGAAGCGUUCUGCUCCGACGGCCACUGGACAGGUAAACAUUCCCUCUAUAACACAUUGCGAUGUCGGAUUUAAGCCAAAUUUUGAUAGACACGAUGGCGCUGCUGCUUUGGAUGAUGGUGAAGUAUUCGGUUCGUCGGAAAUGGAUUUGGGUUGCAGUUUGGAUUUGAUACAGCCGAGCAUGGUUGGCUGCAGUUACGAAACUCAUGAUGCAAACUCGGUAGAGGAGAUAUUUGAUGGGGAUGGUGAUUUUUCUGGUGCGACGGAUGAAUGUAAGGGGUCGAAGCUAAAGGGGGGCUACUUACUCAAUUCGAUUGAAUCUAGGUUGAUGAAUUCGAGAGUAGAUUGCGAUGUUGGAGUCAGUGGCAGUGGAGUUGACAAGGAGAGCAGUGAUGAUUUUGAGUCGGAUAAGGAGCUAGACUUGUUGCUUAAUCUGCAUUCGCAACUGGAUGAGGAAGACCGUAUUAGUGGAGUGGGAUUUGGUACUGAGGAAUCAUAUUUUCCAGUGGAUGAAGAUCUGAUUCAAUGUCCUCUUUGUGGAGUUGAUAUUUCUGAUCUUAGCGACGAGCAACGUCUUGUACACACAAAUGAUUGUAUUGACAAAGAGGACGCCCAAGCUCAAACUGCUGCUCUCACCCCUGAUAAAAAGCAAACUUCAGGGCCUCAACAAUCUGCUGAUAAAUCCAGAUUUUCAACUGUUCUCAAAUGGUUGCAUGAUCUUGGUUUAUCGAAAUAUGAAGAUAUUUUUGUUAGGGAGGAGAUCGAUUGGGAAACAUUACAGUGGUUGACUGAUGAGGAUCUCAAUAAUGUGGGUAUUACUGCACUUGGCCCCAGAAGGAAGAUCACACGUGCUUUGUCCGAACUCAGAAAAGAAUCUUCUGCAGUUGAAACUUGCACGAAUACACAUGCCCCUUCUGGUACUGGGCAACAUAGUAACAAUGGUUCAGAUGGAUGUGAAGAAUCAACCAAUGGAACUAAUAGAACACCUACGAACAAGUUGAUUACUGAUUAUUUCCCAGGCUUUGCCACUAAUAAGAAGAAUGCAUGCAGCAUUUCUACUGGUCAGAGAGAUGUGGGAAAAAAGUUACCUGACUCUCUUAACAAAGAUAAAAGUAAAACUGCAAAGAGAAAUGUUAGAAAUGAGAAGCUUGGGAAUGUUCCAGUCUGGAGUUGUAUACCAGGGACACCAUUUAGAGUGGAUGCUUUUCGACAUCUUAGAGGAGACUGUUCCCAUUGGUUUCUUACUCACUUUCACAUGGAUCAUUAUCAAGGUUUAACAAAGUCAUUUCGUCAUGGAAUGAUUUAUUGUUCGCCUAUUACGGCAAAGCUGGUAAACAUGAAGCUUGGAAUCCCAUGGGAAAGGUUACAAGUUUUACCUCUCAACCAAAAAGUUAACAUUGCGGGAACAGAUGUAACCUGUUUUGAUGCUAAUCAUUGCCCUGGUUCAAUAAUCAUACUCUUUGAACCACCCAGUGGUAAGGCUGUUCUACAUACAGGGGACUUCCGAUAUUGUGAGCAAAUGGGAAGCUUGUCGGUUUUUCAAACAUGUCGUAUCCAUACUCUGAUCCUUGAUACCACUUAUUGUGAUCCACAGAAUGAUUUCCCAAAGCAGGAGACCGUUAUACAGUUUGUAAUUGAUGCCAUUCAAGCUGAAGCUUUCAACCCUAAAACCCUUUUCCUGAUUGGAUGUUAUACCAUCGGAAAGGAACGACUUUUUUUGGAAGUUGCCCGCGUUCUGCACAAGAAGGUGUAUGUAAGUUCAGCAAAGUUACGCAUUUUGAAAUGCUUGGGGUUCUCAGCGGAGGACAUGCAGUGGUUUACAGUGAAUGAACGGGAAAGUCACAUACAUGUCGUACCUCUGUGGACACUUGCGAGCUUCAAACGACUGAAGCAUUUAUCAAAUCAAUAUGCAAGUCGAUUCAGUCUUAUAGUUGCUUUCUCUCCCACCGGCUGGGCACUUUCAAAAGGAAAGAAGAAAUCUCCUGGAAGAAGGUCGCAGCAAGGUACAAUUAUAAGAUACGAAGUGCCAUAUAGUGAGCAUAGCAGCUUCUCAGAACUGAAGGAUUUUGUAAAGCUUGUCUCUCCUGUAAACAUAAUACCAAGUGUGAAUAAUCAUGGACCUGACUCAGCCCGUGCCAUGAUCUCGCUUUUGUCAUCUUGAUUUGUUCACCACACUCCCAAUGGAUGGUUCUCUCACGUUCUCCAAGCGCUGCAGAAAUGAAAUGGGCUCAGUAGAACUGUUUGUGGCUCCGGCUGAAUCAAAUCUGCAGAUUCACGCUUGUCUUGCCAACCAUGCCGAUAUUGUUGGCACCUAAUGGUCGUAAUUGUGUCGCAAGGAUGACUUCCUAUCGAAUACUAUUUGGCCCUCUUUCGUCGAGGUAACUGAUAUUUUGAUUAAUUGAGUUAUUGUUAAAUUGAUAGUUUAGAAAGAAAAAAGAAAAAUCCCUUUGAUAUUCAAUUGAAUAACUAAUGUU